GUGAGACCUGCCCCGACUUGCCUGUGGCAGGGUACCGACUCAGGUACUGGAGCAUCCUCUCCCAGGAGGACUGCCGAUAUGUGCAGAUGCACCAUGAUAUCGGAUUGGCAUGUAGAGAAGUGACUGGAAAGGGCCCCGAGCUUCUUGAUGACAUCUGGGGCCCCGAUUCCAGCAGUGCCGUCCUGAAGUGGCUGAUCCCGGGGAACACCUACGUCUUCCAGGUGAUGGCCUUCAACGUCUCCGGUGAAGGUGACUGGUCGGAAGCGUCAAGGCCAUUCAUCAUGCCAGAGAGACCGGAUGGCCUGGGCAUGGAGUCUGAGGAGGAGGAGCAGGUUCCUGAGCCUCCAGAUGAGGGUGUGGAUCCACGGCUCGCGAGCAUGAAAGGUCGUCCUGCACACCUCUCCAAGAGCAUCGAUGCCAUCGAGAUCGCUUGGGACAAGCCCUGUGACCGAGGCAGCGAGAUCGAGACCUACGAAUUUAUGAUCAGCCGGUGUUUCAGCCAAAGCCAGCCCGUCCUCCUCAACUGCCUCAGCUUCCGCAGCGGUGCUUUUGCCGGACAUUGCCGGUUGAGGGACUUCAAGGUGUUGGGUAAAGGACUGGAGGUACUGCUCCGUCUGCACCUCCUGCUUUGA